AAAUACUAAUGGUAAACCCACCCUCAAUAUGAGCGGAUCCCAAAAUAAGAAUCUUAAUGCAUUCAAAAUUAAAGAGGGUGAGUCUACAUUGAACCAUGGAUCCACCGACAAUAAACAAGACAAAAAGGAGACGGAAACGGAAUCCAAAAUGGAGGAGAAGUUAUCUGAGGUCAGCCAACAAUUGACCACUGUUAAUAAACAAUACGAGGAAGUUUUGGAUUUUUUAAAAGAUUUACACUCAAGAGUUGAAUAUUUACAUGAAAAACAACAAGAACUCAGCGAAGAGACUUUGAAUAAAGAUGUAUAUUAUCAAAACUUGCAAAGCCUUGAAAAUCAAUUGAAAAUUAUCAAAGAAGAUCAGUUAAAUCACAAGGCAAACACUCUGCAAAACUAUGAAUACUUCAAAGAUGAACUGAGGAAGUGUCAAAACACCUUGAUGAGCUUGGACAAGAAACAAAAUCAGCACAAACAAGAGUUUUUGGCACAAAUUAAGUCGUGCAACUCCAGAGCGGAUGACCUUCAGUUCCAACUAACGGCCACAAUAAAUGAAAUAGAAGAUCUAAAACAAAAUAUCAUUGGCAACAACGAAACAUUUACCUCGUACCUGCGACAAUUAAAUCAACAGUUAUCAAAUCUCAACCGCGAAUUUACCACUUUCGUCAAAGAAACUGAAGUCCGAAACGACGACCUGUCACAAUGGAAGUCCAGUCACACUAAAACUUUGUACCAACUGAAGGAAACGUUAACUUUAUGCAACAACACGAACAAGAAACAGGCGCAAGACAUGGAAGAAAUUGGUACAACACUUAAACAAAUCAUGGACGUGCAUGCCGGCAUUAAAACGACCUUAAAACAUCAAGAGGGGCUCUUAGAACAUCACAAAUUUGUAAUAAAAUACGUGAAGGAAGACGAAAGUGACAUUUUCAGGCGCCUCAAUUCUUUACAAAAUGAACUUAAGGGUCUGAAAAUUGGUUCAUUAGAAAAAUAAUAAAUAUUUAAUUUAA